AUGUAUGUACACGUCCAUAUAUACGAAAAGCACUUAUGGAUGCCUACACACAACUCUAGCUAUAUCUGUCUGGCCGGUCCAGUAGUUGCGAUGGCUUCUCUCGUGACAAUUAAUCGACAAGCUAGUAAAUUACGGGGUACUAGCUUGAGAACAGCCGCCACAGCAUGUAUGUAUGUGGCAUGGCCAUAUAUGGAUAGACGGGUAGAUAUCGAUUAG